AAGCAAAAAAGGUUGGAAAAAGAGAAGAAACUGGCGCAAAACUGCAUUCCGGAGCACAAAAAGAUUUUCUCGUUAUGGCCCUGCGCGAAGUGCCGUUAUCGUAAUGUGGUUCUGUGCGUGUUGAGGAACUAUCCGUGUGUUUAAUUCCCGAGUUAUUCUCUACGAAAACGGUGGCACGCAUCCCUCAGCGGACUCUGACGUCGCUCGUUUUACGGCUUAACCCUUGAGGGGGUGGCAGAAUCGCCGAGGAAUGGACUGAGACGAGCGCGUGCAAACCUCCGCUUCCGGACUAGCAGAACACAAUAAUGGCCCCGGAGACUCAGAGCACCGUUGCGGCCGACCCAUUUCUGAACGAUCCUCAUCACGAGGCGCAACCCAUUUUGCCCCAAACGGCGUCAACAGUAUCAUCUUCUUCGUCCUCUUCGUCGACGGUUUCGUGUGUUUCGUCUUCGUCGGCGGUCUUAUCGGAGUUAUCGAAACAGGAGAUCGAUCGGCUGAUUGCCGAGAAUAUGGCUUCCGUGCUGAAGUCGCUGAAGAAACGGAAGCACGCCAAGAAACACGCACGUCUUCGUCAGGCCGUAGCGGCAGCGGCUGUCGUGGUCGAGACUCCCGAUACCGUCGAAGAAGAAGGUCAGGCUGAUAAAACCGAAACGACCGAAAACAUGCCGAAGAGUUCGAAAACCAAUGAUGGAAGGAAGGAGAUGAAUGAUUCAACCGCUCCGAAGCGUCGCACUUCGCCGAGAAAAAGCAAACAGGACAGCAUCGAGAACGCGGAAACGGAUGUGAAGCAGAAAAAGCAAACAAAGAAGGGUCUGAAGGAAGUGCAGACGGUUAAGGCUCUUCCUGCCGGAGAUGAGUUGAUCGCGAAUGGCACCGUCGUCGCAAGCCCUACGAAGCAGCAGGAGAAGGGUGGCGUCGUUGGAAAGGAAAACAAAACGAUCAAUGCGUUCCAGUUGAUGAUGAAGGCCCGGUCGAAAUGCAUCGGAUCAAAUUCACCCGGCAAAGAGCGUUCGGCGGAGGAAGCAACCGAAGAACCGAUCCUAACGCCCCAGCAGGAACUGAAAGCAAAACGCAAACUGCAGCUCGAGAAAUGGGCCGAACGGAAGGGAGCGGGCAAGCGCAAGAUGCAGGAGGAUGCCCAAGAGGAGUAUAUCGAUCAUCAAUUGCGAAAGCGCGCGAAACGUCUAAAGAAGCUCAUCAACAAUAUGCACUCACCGGAAGAAAAGCAGGAGACGAGUGGCCGGAUACCGCGAACGUCCUCCUCGAGCAGCAACACGAAGAAGCUGGUAGACGACAAACAUGAGGAGGAAGUGGUUGAAGAAAGCAUCCAAGCACCCAAUUUCGAGCCAUUGGUUACUGCGACACCGCCAAUGACACCGUCAGCCACGGAUGAAGCCGACGAAAAACCGCUCGUCCUGGACGUAGACGACAACUCCGGGGAUGAGUUCUUGCGACAGCUGUCCUCUCCACGUAAGAAAAAGGACAGUUUGCUGGGAUAUUUCAACAAGGUAGCGCCGGAAGUGGAAAAGAAAGGACCCAAGAAGCACUCUCCUGCCACUAGUAGGUCUUCGGCAACGGUGACUCGUAGAUCGAAGACGGCCGUUACCGCUUCCCCUUCGAUAACAGCAGGCGACGAAAAACAGUCUCCAGCCUCAACACCGACAUCGGCAUCGAUAGCGGAUGAUGGUUCCGUUUCGCGUCCACGCCGUUCCUGUGCCAAUCGUAUCAAAGACUAUUCCACCUUCGAACGUGACAGUCCACCGCAGCAGCAGCAGCAGCAGCAGAAUGGACCAGUGAGAAAAACAUCCGCACCGACUGUAACUCCACUGAAGAUCAUCAACGUUCAAUCUCCGAGCGCAAUGAAAGUAAUCCGCAGCCCGUCCCUUCGUAUGUUUACGUCAGUCGACGGAACCACGCAAAUGGCCCCGAUCGUAAUCGACGACGACAGUAACCACCUUCCUACGACACCGAAAAGCGUUAAACUGGCUCCGGUGUUUGUGAAAGCAGUACCAACCACUGCGAAACAACCACCACCGAUCGAUCCCGAACGGGCCCGUGCUCGUCAACUGUUCCUGAUGUCCGGCUUGCCCGACAAGUUGCGCCAAGAGAUCGAUCGUAAGGCAGCAUACGAAGAGUUCAUCCUCAACGAAUCACCCGUCUUUCCACUCGUUAGCCAUGUCGUGCAGCUCGAUCAGGCAGAGCAACAGUUUCUUCGCGAUCGUCCGGUGGUAGACUUUGCACGGAGUUGCAUCAAACUGCGACCACCGGAGGUGCAGAACUCUCCGGCAGCCCGGAAGGCAGAAGUGAAGCGAAUGGCCGCCAUGACGGUGGCAAGUCGAAAGAUACGACUCGGGACGUUUACCACGUGCGGCGAGUACGAUUACGAGGAUGCGCUGGUGCGUUGUAUAGGCGAGGAGGAUCGAGAAGCGUACGAUUCGAGCGAACUGCCGGAGGUCGAGAACGUAAAGUCUAUUGUACGGGAUUACAAGCAACGCUACCAGCACUUCCCGGUGUUCAAGUGCUACAAGCAGUUCCGGGCGAUCUACGAGGAGCAUCGUGUGAAGCAGCCGGAUCCACCAGCAACCAGUGGUGCGCUGGAUGAAAGUAUCGAAAUCAUCGAAACAGAAUCGAGCGCAAGCAGCUUCCGGAAUGGUGAGCUGCUGUUUACGGAAAAGUAUAAACCACAAAACACGGAACAGAUCCUGGUUAACUACGUCCCGGCGACGUUGCUGAAGCGCUUCCUGGCACCUUGGCAAGAGGAAUUAAACGGUGGUCCUGCUGGUAAUCGCAGGACAGUGCCCGCUGUUAAUGGAGACUAUUAUACCGUCAACAGCAGCGGAGAUGAUGAGUGUUCUAAUGGAAGCACCAGUUCCUCGAUCGGUAUGGCGGCUGGUGGUGGUGGUGGUGGUACGGCGGUUUGCAAUCACGUCGUACUGGUUGGUCCACCGGGAUGCGGCAAGACCUGCAACGUGUACGCGGUGGCCAAUGAGAUGAACUUUCAGGUGCUGGAGAUUAAUGCCAGCAGUCGGCGAAAGGGACGAUUGAUACUGCAGGAGCUUCUCGAGGCCACCCAAAGCCACCAGGUGCGGAAGAACGCACCGGAAGGAUCGAAAGGACGUACGAUGAAUGGUAACAUCCUGAGUAGCUGUCUUCAGCGAAGACCAUCGGUCAAUGAUGGUGUCGCUGGAAAGAAAAAGCUGUCACUCAUUCUCAUCGAAGACGCGGACAUUGUGUUCGAUCAGGACGAAGGGUUCGUGAGUGCGAUCAAUCAGCUGGUGGCAACCUCAAAGCGACCGAUUGUGCUGACGACAACGAACGCCGGGUGUCCCCAUCUCGCUCGCUAUAUGGCACGUAACAAUGUGAUCUACUACGUAGCACCGGGGAUCGAGAAUGUUUCCAAGUUCCUGUCGCUUCUUGCACUAGUCGAGCGGGUUCAGAUCGAUCAGCAGGACAUUGGGCGGCUGUAUGCACGCAAUGGCAAAGAUAUGCGCAAAACGCUCAAUGAACUACAGUUUUACAUACACAGCGCUAGCGCCGGUGGUCAAUCGGAGCGUGUCAAUGGUGGUGGUGUUGGUGUUGACGCAGGUGCACUGUAUCGACUGUUUACGACGAAUCAAAACGAGCAGAUGGUGCUGGAGCUACCGCUAGCGUUCGAUACGCUCUGGUGUAACAUGGAGUUGGCGCUCAGGGAAGCGAAAAAUUUCCCGCCAUUGCAAUCGCUUCCAUCACCGGUGACGCCCAGUGGACGGAAGAAGAAACGGAAAGGAAAGCGUCCGAGCAGUGCUCCAGUGUCGAUGGACGAAGAGACCACACAGCAGUUAACGGAGUUUCGAACACUCGAAGCACUGGGUAUGCUGUAUGAAAACAUUAGUCGCGCUGAGGUAGACCGAUCGAUCAUGGAACGCAAUCGUGUGCGGUAUGGACGGGAUCCUCAGGAUGAUCAGUGCCAGCAGCUGCUGGCAGAGGAAAUCGGUCACGCGCUUCUGGAGGGAUCGUGGAUCGAGUGGUUCCAGCGAAGUAAACCGCCGGUGGCCAGCGGGGAGGACGAUGAGAUACCAGCACCGGCUCGUGCGUAUGAUGGGUUACGGAGGAUGGAACAGGAACCCAGGCAAACGAUCGCGGCAAACAUCGGUGUCAGCGGCAUUCGAUCUCGGAUAACGAGCUGUGAUUACGAGCCAUUUCUGCGACAGAUUUGCCGUCACGAGCGUGAUCGAUCGCAGCAGGAACGGCGCGGUAGUCGGUUCUAUCACUAUCUACGCAAUCAUGCUCUUAUCAGUGGCAUGAAUGGAACAAUCAACGGCACCGGGAACGCAGUAGGAGGAGCAGUAGCAACGGGCUUUAGUAUGGACCAUUUCGAUGCGCUUAGUCAGCGGUUCGAGCAGGAGACCGUCACCGGUAAUCAUGGUACGAGCCAGCAGUGAACUAGCGGGGAUCCAUAUUGGCGCUCUUCAGCUGUUAACAGUUUUUGAGUCUCUAACGUUUCUAUCUGUCGAACCCCUCCUACUCUACUGGAUGCUCCAGUGACCGGACCGAGCGACACGGACAGGCAGACAAACAAGAAGUGGUGGUGUGUAAAGUGUUCCAACCGUUAGCGAAGGAAUUGUAGAUUAGUUUAAUGUUAUAGCAUAAUGCGGGAAACAAUAAAUCUAUACAAGAUAAAAAAAAAAAACAAA